AUGAACGUGACCAGAAUAUCGACGGGAUCCUUCCAGUCAAAGAACGCAUGGUACUGUUGCAGAGGAGAGCUUUUGCUCUCCAAAUCUGCAAAUAUCUUCAUCCCCUACCUCGGGAUAUCUCCAAACAUCUUCAAUCCUUCACGUCUUUUCUGGCAGCUUGUCAUGGAUACAGGCUGUGCACUCGAGCAGAACGCCAUCCGCUCGAACACUUACGAGGAACUGCUGGCCAACAACCAAGCCCUCCAAGACAAGAACACGGCUCUACAAGAGCAGCUUCGCGUUGCCAAUACCGAGAACCAGGAGCAGUAUGUCUGGGCAGUGUGCAACUCCACAGUCUUCCAGAAGUGGACAGCCUACUGGAAUGGCAUCCAGCAGCUCAGUCGUGCCAUGGAUUUGAAGGUGCGCGAGCUGCGUGGACGGUUGGCCAAGAGCCAAGGCGACCUGGCCAAAGAGCGUUUCCUUCAUGCCAGAACAAUGGCUGAAGUCCACCGCCUACGAGACGAACGGGAUAUUGCCCACCGAAAUGCUCGGAUCUUCCCAGCCGAGCCCGGUUCAAAUACGGUGGCGGGGGGUUCGAUACCCGACUUCACACUGUUUCCUGGGGACGGUUUCCUAAACGAAGAGGAUUUUGAAGACUUCAAGGAGUCUGUGGAAGCAUCGCCGAUGGGGAAGAAUCCCCAUGUGUACGGCAGACCUGAUGGUUUCUUCCCGCGACUUUAA